GCCGUGGAACAUUGCUGUGGUCCAGUACGUGCCGACAGUCCACGUCCGUGUAGCGGAUUGGAACGACUAGAACUGCGUCGAACUGCUUGCCUCGGGACCCGCAGGGCUCGUUGGAGAGGCGGUACCGAUAUACUUGUCUCCAUAAUAGGAGAAGAAGUCAACAGUUCAACGGCUUCUCGUCUUGGCAACGACAACUGUCAUCAUACAGGAUCCACGGUGGACACAAUGGAGGACGACCUGAUGUUCAGCAUGGAGGAGGAGGGCAGCGCCACCAGGCCGCCGAUCGUACACCGUAUGACGUCCCUCACCACCGACGAGGACGAUGACGACGACGACUUCAUCUGCUCCAUCCUGGACGAGCCCGCCAAGGAGAUCUGCCAGUACAUGCAGAACCUGGUCAACAACCGCCAGCUCUCCGACUCCUUCCCCAAAGGCGGCUUCUCGUACAAGAGUGACGCAGACAAUGUGACGGAAGGUUCGUACAAGGUUUUGUCAGAGAGUGCACGGGAGACGUGGAAAAAUGCGGUGAAAAAGGCCAAAGCCAUGCCGGACCCCUGGGCGGAGUUUCACCUGGAGGACAAAGAGACAGAACCGUGCUUACGCUACAGGUACAACGCCAUCACUGGGGAGUGGGCCCAAGACCAGGUCCACAUCAAGAUGGCUGCACAGCCGUUCGGGAAAGGCGCCAUGAGGGAGUGCUUCAGAACGAAGAAGCUGUCCAACUUCUCGCACAGCAACAACUGGAAGUCGGCGUGCAACUACGUGGCCAAGCGCUACAUGGAGACGGUGGACAGGAGCGUCUACUUCGAGGACGUGCGGCUGCAGAUGGAGGCCAAGCUCUGGGGGGAGGAGUUCAACCGCCACAGGCCUCCCAAGCAGGUGGACAUCAUGCAGAUGUGCGCCGUGGAGAUGACGGAGAGGCCUGGCAAGCCGCUCUUCCACCUGGAACAUUACAUCGAGGGCAAGUACAUCAAGUAUAACUCCAACUCCGGCUUUGUGCGCGACGACAACAUCCGGCUGACGCCACAGGCCUUCAGUCACUUCACCUUUGAGCGCUCGGGUCACCAGCUGAUCGUGGUGGACAUCCAGGGCGUAGGCGACCUUUACACCGACCCGCAGAUCCACACAGAAAAGGGGACAGACUUUGGCGAUGGAAAUCUGGGCGUGCGAGGCAUGGCGCUGUUCUUCCACUCCCACCUAUGCAACAAGAUCUGCAAGAGCAUGGGCCUGACGCCCUUUGACCUCUCCCCACCCGAAAAGCAGCAGCUGGACUGCACCAACAAACUGCUGAAAUCGGCUAAAACUGUGCUGAGGGGCUGCGAGGAACAGUGCGGCUCCCCCCGCGUCCGCACCAUGUCCGGGAGCCGGGUGCCGCCGCUGUUAACCCGCCUGUCCGAGACGUCGUCCGCGGACGAGAGCAUGAGCGACGCCGACUCCGUCCCCUGCUCGCCCCUGGUGGCGCACGGAUACAUGGGACGCUCCCCCGCUGGUUUAUCUUUCACUGGCAUGUUCGAGCAGGAAAGAAUUGACAACACAGGCGAGCACAGGGACUCAGACAGCGGCGGGGACAGUGGCUACCCAAGCGAGAAGAGGAGUGAGGGCGACCCCAACGACCACGUGGACGGGGCCCGCCAACGCUACCAAAGACAUUAUUCCGAGUCGGACGAGGACAGUUUUAAACGGCUGACGGAGGAGAAGUGGAGCUUCUUCCACUCGUCUCGCGCCCACGUGCACAGAUCCUCCUGCGUGGCCACCGAGGUGGAGCGACUCAGCUCCCUGCUGCAGAAGCGCAUCGGCCAGUCCAUCCUGGGAAAGGUCCACCUGGCCAUGGUGCGCUACCACGAGGCCGGGCGUUUCUGCGAGAAGGACGAGCAGUGGGAUCAGGACUCGGCCAUGUUACACCUGGAGCGAGCCGCCCUGUGCGGGGAGCUGGAGGCCAUCGUGGUCUUGGGUCAAUGCUGCCUGCAACUGCCGCACCACAUCCUGCCAAACGUGGAGCUGGAGGACAACGCGGGAAACCGGAUGAAAGGAUUCAAGUAUCUGCUGCAGGCCGCGGAAGCCGGCGACCGAUCCUCAAUGAUCACAGUGGCCCGAGCUUUUGAUACGGGGGUCAAUCUGUCUGCAGACAGGAAGCAGGACUGGGAGGAGGCGAUCCACUGGUACGACAGCGCAUUGAACAUGAGCGACCACGACGAGGGGGGCGAGUUCGACGGCAUACAGGACGAGCCCCGUCACCUCCUGCUGGCCAGAGAGGCGGCCAUGUUCCAGGAGGGAGGCUUCAACCUCACGGCCGACCCGCAGAAAGCAGGCGACUUGUUUACAGAAGCAGCAGAGGCCGCCACGGAGGCCAUGAAGGGUCGCUUGGCCAACCAGUACUACAUGAAAGCCGAGGAGGCGUGGGCCAUGAUGGAGGAGUGAAUUUGCGUCCGGGUGCGCACUUUUAACACAAAGAGGAGUGACGUUUACAUAUUUUUAUAACACAUUUUUAGCUCGCGGUGCUUUGCAUGUUUCAGUCCUCCAUCUCCAUCAAGUUCCCUGUGCAAGAUUUUCUCUUCAUGUACCCAAUUUACCGUAUUUUCCGGACCAUAGGGCGCACCGGAUUAAAAGGCGCACUGCCGGUGAGCGGGUCUAGUCAGGUCUUUUUUCAUACAAAAGGCGCAUUAAAGUUAAAAAGUUAAAGUUAAAGUGCCAAUGAUUGUUACACACACACUAAGUGUGGUGAAAUUUGUCCUCUGCAUUUGACCCAUCCCCUUGUUCACCCCGUGGGAGGUGAGGGGAGCAGUGGGCAGCAGCGAUGCCGCGCCCGGGAAUCAUUUUUGGUGAUUUAACCCCCAAUUCCAACCCUUGAUGCUGAGUGCCAAGCAGGGAGGUAAUGGGUCCCAUUUUUAUAGUCUUUGGUAUGACUCGGGGUUUGAACUCACAACCUACCGAUCUCAGGGCGGACACUCUAACCACUAAAGAAGUCAUAUUAGGAUUUUUUUCUAAAUGUAAAAGACUUCCUUGUGGUCUACAUCAGUGUUUUUCAACCACUGUGCCGCGGCACACUAGUGAGAUACAGUCUGGUGUGCCGUGGGAGAUGAUCUAAUUUCACCUGCCGUAUUUUUCGGAGUAUAAAUCGCUCCGGAGUAUAAGUCGCACCGGCCGAAAAUGCAUACCGUAUUUUUCGGACUAUAAGUCGCAGUUUUUUUCAUAGUUUGGCCGGGGGUGCGACUAAUAUUCAGGAGCGACUUAUGUGUGAAAUGAUUAACACAUUACCGUAAAAUAUCAAAUAAUAUUAUUUAGCCACAUUUUGGUGUUGUUUACUUGAGCCAUAUUGCAGUCUACACGUAUCUCUUAUGUGUGACUGCCAUCAUAUUGCAGUCUACAUUCAUCUCUUAUGUAUGACUGCCAUCUACUGGUCACACUUAUCAUUACACCAUACCAAAUAAAAUAUAUAGUCUUAAAAAUAAAGUACAUACUAUUGGAACUAAAUUAAUAAUAAACAUAAUGAUAUAUAUCAGUGUUUCCCAUAAACUGCCAAGAUACCUGUGGCGGUGGGGGCGUGGCUAUGGGCGUGGUCACCAUGACAUCAUCGAGUAAUUUGCAUAAUUUACUACAAUGAUAUGAUUUUCUCUAAAAAGGCUCAAAAAAUGUAUACUUACUAAUUAAUAAUAACAGUUUUGUUUUAAACGUCCAUCCAUCCAUCCAUCCAUCCAUUUUACAAUAUAAUUACAACACUUUAUGUACAUAUUUAUAUACAGAUUUGAACAAUAAGUUAUUCACUGAAAUAUAUUUAUUAAUUGUAGUUCUUACAAAAAAUAUAUCUUAUAAAAUAUAUAAGCUAAAAUGUCUCUCAAAGCUCUGCUCCUUUAAUUAGUGCAUACUAAAUAAUUUAACUUUAGCCUACUACUACAACCAUAUUAUUUACCAGCAACAUAAAGUGAAACAGAGGCAGAGGUGUCCUGCCACAGUCAGUAACAAAUAAACAGAAAACAGUAGUGGUCAAAUACAAAUAAGGCAACAAGAGAAGUAUCCUACACUUCUCUUUUGUAAAGUAAAUCUGAACAGCCUAUAUGGGCAUCUACAUCAACUAUAUGAUUUGCCUGAGAAGCUGGACAGGACAAAAAUAAAUAAAACAUUUUUUUAUUUUAUUUUAUUUGUGGCGGAUGUAAUUCUUUCGUGGCGGGCCGCCACAAAUAAAUGAAUGUGUGGGAAACACUGUAUAUAUUUUCCUAAAUAAACAGUCAAUAAAAUCUGAGUACAAAUGAAAAUACAGCCCCACCAGUUUCGUCAUAAUUUUUGCGCUUAAGAAACUCCUCUAUGACUUUAGCACUUAUCAUUACACCAUGUACCAAAUAAAAUUCCUUCGAGGUCGGUAAGCACAACCAGAAUUAUUCCGUACAUUAGGCGCACCGGGUUAUAAGGCGAUUUGUGAGAAAAUGACAGGAUUUAAUGUGCGCCUUAUGGUCUGAAAAAUACGGUUCUCCUUAUCCUUCAGUUCGGUUCUGAAUGGGGUCUGUAAAGCCCCAACCCGACACCCCAAAACAAUUCUUUACACAACUUUCUAUUGGAUGAAUGUUUGUUUAAAAAGAAAAAGAAAAAAAGAUGAUACAGUAUGAAAUUGUAAAAAAAUAAAUAAAGUUUG